CCUGCUCCUAAUCGAAUCUGCUGUUGUGUGACAUGAGACUGAAUUUACUCAGCUCCUCCUCCUAGCCUCUCCCCUGUUGAUAUUGGCAAUGCUAGUGCUAUCUUCUAACAACUGCAGUCUGCGGCUUUUGUUGUCACGUAGAGAAAAACUACUUUAGGAAUUAGUAAAUAACAUCUGGAUGCAUUCAUAUGUGGUAAAAAGUCUCCUGCAUGACAGAUGUGGUCCUGUGGGCCUCGGUAUCACACAUUGAUCACAGUUCACACCUGCAGUGAAGCUCCCACAACAAUUCACCAAUAAAUACUGGGAAUAUUCACAUCAUCCUACAAGAGAAGGACAAACUCCAGGUGUAGCAGCUGAAAUCUGUGUGACUGUUAAAGAUGGAGUUUAUUAAAGAGGAGAUUGAAGACAUGAGUGAUCCAGAACCAUCCAUAAAACAUGAAGAUGAAAUAGAAAAAAUGGAACUGGUGCUGCGUUCUUUUCAUAAGUUGAGUUUUCACUUGGCUCACCGCUUGGUCCACUUAAAGAGACUGGAUGGAGAUGAAACCACAAAGACAUGAACUGAAUGAAGCAGAGGAGGAAAAGCAGAGCAUCAAAACUCAAAGAACAAAAGAUAAUAGGCUGCACAUCUGCUCUCAGUGUGGAACGAGUUUCAGUCUAAAAGGAAGCCUUAAGACACUCAUAACAUUUCACACUGGAGAGAGACCGUAUACAUGCACUCAGUGUGGAAAGAGUUUCUGUAAAAAAGUACACCUUAAGAUACACAUAAGAAUUCACACUGGAGAAAAACCGUUUACAUGCACUCAGUGUGAAAAGAGUUUAGCUGGUGAAUCAGGUCUCAGGAAUCAUCUGCAUGUUCACUCUGGAGAAAAACGGUGUGAUCAGUAUGGUAAAGAUUUUAAUUUGUCAUCAAAUCUAAAAAAAACCCAAAAAGUUCCUUCAGAUGAGAGGCCUUAUGUUUGUUUCUUCUGUGGAAAGAGUUUUUUAGGUCUUUAUCAUUUUAAACUGCACCAGAAAACACAUAAUGAAGUGAGAGAUCAUGUGUGUUUGGAGUGUGGGAAGAGCUUUACUAGAGCUUACUGUCUGAAACAACACCAAAGAAUUCAUACUGGAGAAAAACCUUACAAGUGCUCAUAUUGUGACAAGAGUUUUACUCGUUCUGAAUCCCUAAAAUCACAUAAGCGACUUCAUACUGGAGAGAAGCCAUACCACUGUACUGAGUGUGAGAAGAGUUUUACUCGAACAUCAGAUCUCAGACAUCAUCAGCUCUGUCACUCUGGAGAAAAGCCAUUUAACUGUGAUCGGUGUGGUAAAAAGUUUACUUCAUCAUCAAAUUUAAAACAACACCUGAAGGUACAUUCAGAUGAGAGGCCUUAUGUGUGUUCUCUCUGUGGAAAGAGUUUUUCAUGGCUGGACAGUUUUAAACUUCACCAGAAAUCACAUAAUGAAGUGAGAGAUCAUGUGUGUUUGGAGUGUGGGAAGAGCUUUACUAGAGCUGACUGUCUGAAACUGCACCAAAGAACUCAUACUGGAGAAAAACCUUACAAGUGCUCAUAUUGUGACAAGAGUUUUGCUCAGUCUGCACAUCUGAAAUCACAUGAGCGAGUUCAUACUGGAGAGAAGCCGUACCACUGUACUCAGUGUAGUAAGAGUUUUAGACAUUUAUCAAGACUUCUCACUCAUGUGAAAAUAUGUUGCAAGUGAGCAACAUUUGUUGUAGUAUCUUGAACAUAUUUGUUUCUCAAAUACAUUUAAGUAAAUAGUAUGACAUAAUUUAUGGAGUUUGUCCUAAAAGCACAAUAUCAUUUUGUCAAUUUGGUAAAAAGCUUGGACAACUAAAAAGACUUAAAAGUUAAAGCUUCACCAGGCCACAACUCUAAAAAGUCAUUGUUAUAGUUUAUUUCUGUCAGGAUGGAUUGUGUGCUAAAUAGGUCUUUCUUGAAUUAGAUAAAUUCAUGUCAUUUUCUUAUUUAAUAAGUGUACUAACUGUCUUCUGAUAGUACUUGUAAUUUUGAGAAAUAAAACAGAAACAACA